AAUAAUAAUUAUACCGGGCUAGUCACAUAAAGUUCUUAUUGUCUUUAAUAGUCAGAAAAAAGAAAAACUAAAAUGGAAUAUUUUUGUUAAAUUAAUGGUUUUAAAGAAUCAAAAAUACAUAAAAAUGUAAAAUUUGAAUUAUUUUCACGAAGUUUUAGUUUAUUAAACCAAAAAAAAAAAAAAAAAAACAUUUAUACGAAAUUUAAAGGCUUUAUGUGGUUAUGAUUGUUGUAUUUGAAUAAUAAUGUUGUAAAAAAUCAAAAGGGGUAAUAUGAAACAUUUAUGUAAAUGAAAGGCAUGUAAACGCAAGUUUGAAAUUAUGAGAUAUGCUCUACAACCUGACGUGUCUUCAGCCUAUACAAUCCCCGAAGUUGGUGACAGAGUCCUGAAAGUUACCAAAUUAUUUAUAAAAUAAAUAAUGCGAAGCUUCCUUCCCACGGCGUUGACCUUGUCGUCUUCCUCCUCUGUGAAUUCCACGAACACUAUAAAACCGCUCACAGAACUUUCACUCUCUACACAUCUCCUCUAAAUCCUCUUAUUUUCCAAUUUACUAGAUCCAAAACAGAUACACUCAUUACAGGCAAAUCAUCAUCUAGUUCACAGAAAUGGCAAAGCAAAAGAUUGUGGUGAAGGUGACAAUGAACACCGAGAAGAAAAUUCGUAAGGCUCUGAAAAUCGCCGUUAGUCUCUCCGGUGUGGAAUCGGCAUCUUUCGUUGGUUCAGAUAAAACCCAAAUCGCUGUAACCGGGGAAGACGUUGACUCAGUUGAACUGACGACCUUGCUAAGGAAAGGUGUCGGAUACACAGAGCUACUGAGUGUUGGUCCGGUGGAGGAGAAAAAACCAGCCGCCGCAAAAGAAUCAAACCCCGCGGUGGCGUCACUAAAUGUUAAUCCGUACGAAUACUACUACGGCAGCUACGGGAUGCCCUACUAUGCCUAUCAGAUUUGAGAUGUCAUCCACAAAACAGUCCAAAGAAAUUAGUUUUAUAUUGAUGUAUUAAUUUCAUUUUAUCCCAUUCAAUUUUUUUAGAGCGGAAUUCGCGUUGUAUAAAAUAAGAGAUCCUUUGUAUAUGUAUUGUGAUUGAGAUGUAUGGGAAUUACAUAAUAUAUGUUAGUUUAUUAACCA